AUGGUUAGAAAACUAAAACAUCAUGAACAAAAACUUUUGAAGAAAGUUGAUUUCCUUGAUUGGAAGCAAGAUAAUGGACAUAGAGAUGCUCAAGUUAUGAGAACUUAUCAUAUUCAAAAUCGUGAAGAUUAUCAUAAAUAUAAUAAAAUUUGUGGUGAAAUUAGAAAAUUAGCUAAGAAAUUAUCAGAAUUACAACCAAAUGAUCCAGUGCGUAUAAAACAUGAACAAUUAUUAUUAGAAAAAUUAUAUUCAAUGGGUAUACUAUCAACAAAAUCUAAAAUAUCAGAUCUUGAGAAUAAAGUCAGUGUUAGUGCAAUGUGUCGUCGUCGUAUUGGUGUUGUUAUGUGCCGUAUGAAGAUGGCCCAGAGUAUUAAAGAUGCUGUUACGUUUGUGGAGCAAGGACAUGUUAGAGUUGGUCCUAAUGUUAUAACGGAUCCUGCAUUUCUUGUGACUAGACAAAUGGAGGAUUAUUUGACUUGGGUUGAUGAUAGUAAGAUUAAAGAAAAUGUUUUGAAAUAUAGAAACAAGAUUGAUGAUUUUGAUUUGGCAUAG